AUGCGGUCCCUGGACAGCGCUGGGGCCGCCGUGCCGCUGGAGCCCGGGCCGUCGGAGGCGCCGCCGGACAGCGCGCCCUCGGAUGGGGUCGAGGAGCCUGCGGCCGCGGAGGCAGCGGAGGCGCCCGGCCCCGGCCGAUGCUGCCUGUGCGGCUCGUCGCCUUGCGGCUGGUGCGGAGAGCCGGAAGCCAAGAAGAAAGCACCCUGCCCUGGACUUGGCUUGUUUUACACAGUGCUAUCUGCCUUCUUUUUCUCAGUGGGCUCCUUGUUUGUUAAAAAAAUAGAAGAUGUCCAUGCUGUAGAAAUCAGUGCAUUCCGAUGUGUGUUCCAAAUGCUAAUCGUUAUCCCUUGCUUAAUAUACAGAAAAACUGGGUUUAUAGGCCCAAAAGAUCAACGCAUUUUCCUCAUUCUGCGAGGAACCCUUGGUUCUGCUGCUAUGAUCCUUAUCUACUAUGCUUUCCAGGCAACAUCCCUCGCAGAUGCCACGGUGAUCACAUUUAGCAGCCCAGUGUUUACAUCUCUAUUUGCUUGGAUAUUUCUCAAAGAAAAAUACAGCCUCUGGGAUGCUCUCUUCACCCUGUUUGCAAUCGUUGGCGUGAUCCUCAUUGUGCGACCACCGUUUUUGUUUGGCUCCAGCAUUGCCAGGACGGAAGAAAGCUACUCAGAGCACCUUAAGGGAACGUUUGCUGCCAUCGCCCACGCCGUAUUAGCCGCAUUGACCUUAGUUAUCCUGAGGAAAAUGGGGAAGUCUGUGGACUACUUUUUGACCAUUUGGUAUUAUGUCAUAAUUGGCCUCCUGGAGUGCGUCAUCGUCCUCUUCAUUCUGGGAGAGUGGAGUCUGCCUUACUGUGGCCUGGACAGACUAUUUCUCAUAUUCGUUGGACUGUUUGGUUUAGGAGGUCAGGUGUUUCUCACAAAAGCACUUCAGAUUGAAAAAGCGGGACCAGUAGCACUAAUGAAGACUAUGGAUGUGGUCUUUGCCUUUUUAUUUCAGAUUAUUUUCUUUCAUGACAUGCCGACGUGGUGGACAGUAGGCGGUGCCCUGUGCGUGAUAGCCAGUAGUACUGGAGCAGCCAUUCGCAAAUGGUGCCAGAAUUCCAAAUGA